AUGGGUGGAGAAUGGAGUGAUUCUUCCAAAUGUGCUCUCUGUGUCAUCAUCUGCCACACUUCUUUCCCUCUUGGACUGAUGAUGAUGUCUGGCAUUGCCUAUUUGAUCCAUGACUGGAGGAUCCUGCAGCUGGUGCUCUUCUGCCCUCUUGUCCUUGUUCUGGGAAUCUUUUACUGGAUUCUUCCAGAGUCAGCUCGCUGGCUCCUCACCCAGGGCAAGAAGGAGGAGGCCAUAAAGGAAAUCUGCAGGGCAGCAAGGUUGAAUGGGAGGAAGGUCCCAGAAGACCUGGUAGACCGGCUUGGGGUUGUGGGAUCAUCCAAAAGAGGAACCAUGCUGGACAUCUUCAGGACUUCGUAUCUGAGAAAACGUGCUCUCAUAAUGAGCUUCCUUUGGUUUGCAACAAGUCUGAUGUACUAUGGACUGAGCCUGGGUGUUUGCAGCUUUGGUCUGGAUAUCUACCUCAUGCAGUUCAUCUUUGGUGUAGUAGAAGUUCCUGCACGUCUGGGAACUCUACCACUCAUCCAGCAAGUUAUCGCUGUUCUGGGAAAAUUUGCAGCAACUGCCAGUUUCUCCGUUAUCUAUGUAUACACUGCAGAGCUACACCCCACUGUUAUAAGGCAGAACGGUGUAGGUCUGAACUCCAUGUGUGCUCAUGUGGGGGGAAUCCUCGCUCCACUGGUCAGACUCCUGGACGUCUACCAUCACACCAUCCCCAUGCUAAUAUACGGCACCAUCCCCAUUGCUGCUGGAGGUUUCGCUUUGCUACUGCCUGAAACCUGCAAUGUUGAACUGCAGGACCACACUGAACCAAGGCUGUGA